AUGCCUCAGGACAUGCCCCCAUCGGGGGGCUAUGCGCCUGUCCAGUACAAGCGCAACCUCCCUGCCCGCGGCUUCCGUCCCAUCUACUACCUCGUUGGAAUGCACCUCUUCAUGGCCUACGGCUACUACAAGCUCUUCUAUGGUAUUCGCGAACAGCACGAGCUCGCCCGCGAGAAGAUCUGGUCCCGACUUCACCUGGUCCCGUUGCUCCAGGCCGAGGAAGACCGUGACCAGGUCCGCAGACACUUUGCCGACAAGGCCCGUGAGAAGGAGCUCCUGGGUACGGAGAGCAAGGUCUACAACUCUGAUCGCUUCGUUCGUCCUACUUUCGUCUAUACCCCUUCCAAGGUCACUCAAUAA